UCCUCAUUUACACAGACCAGGCCCCUUUGUUAACACUUAUCAGCGGAAAGUCACAACAAAUAAGAGUAGAUUAUAUUAACACGCACUGCACCCAUAAAGAGAGGAGAGGAUAUUCUCGACAACACAAUUAGGAAGUCAGACUCGUGUGAUGGCUGCUUGAAUGGGGUAAAGCAUAGGAAGAGCACAGUACAUGUGUGAAGACCGGCAAUGGGAAAUGCUCAGACAAGCCCAAGAACAGAUUUCAGACAAACUCCAGAUAAUGAAGACCUUUUAGCAAGAGUGCAUGACAAUGACACAGCGGUAGUGUUGGAUGAUUACCCUUCUUCUCAUGUCUGUGAGCCUAUAUUUCGUAUGGGAGAUUGGCUGAAAGUAGUGUCUGAAGAAGGGUACUGGUGGAAGGUCUACUCAGUCCAAACCAAGGAAGUGCAUUAUAUACCGGAGUGUCAGGCAGCAAAAGUCUACCAUGGCUGGCUGUUCGAAAAAAUAACCAGGCCAAAGGCUGAGGAAUUGCUUCGUCUGCCGCAAAACCGAGUCGGGUCUUUUCUGAUCAGAGAGAGUGGAAAAGGUAUGUAUACCCUGUCGGUGCGCCACAGAGCUGUUAAACAUUAUCGAAUAAUCCGGAUGCCAAACAACUGGUACUACAUCUCUCCACGCCUCACUUUUCCAUGCCUGGAAGAGUUGGUCAACCACUACUCUGACGUAGCAGACGGUUUGUGUUGCGUUUUGACGGGCCCCUGCUUAACUGUCUGUGAAACAACUUUUAGUCAGUUGCCUCCAUUGACUCCAGGUCUGAGAAAACUUUCCUUUGACUGGAGAUCAGUGAGCAGCUCGGACCUCAUACGUCAGAGCACAACCCCUUCUGCUACAAACAAAGACACAGCUGUCAGCUACGGAGUGCAAAACAGUGUCUCCUCCUACUUGACCUUACUGGGAGAACAGGAGAAGCCAGAGAGAAAAAAGUUUAGCUUGAAGAAAAAGAAAUGGAGAUCUGUCCACAUGGUCUCUAACUACAGGCUUGACAGUUUGGCCACUGUGGAAGAUGAAUAUGAGGUGGUGCAGUGACAGAUCACAAUGGCUUCAAUGGUGAACAUAACUCACACAAAGUGGGUCAGAAAGUGACUGGAUGUCUGUUUUGCGGUUUGUUUUUCAAGCACAUUACAUUUUUUCAUUUUAAUAUUCAGGAUUGGUUUUAAAGUUUAAGUAUGAUUUUACUGUAAAAGUGACCUCAGAAAUCAAUUAUGUUACACAAUAAGGUGGUAGUGUCAUUCUUUCCACAUUAAAAAAAACAACAGGCUUUGGUUCUUACCAUGAGU